UUAUUACAUAACAGAGAAUAUGUUCAUUUGUGUCAGCUACUCUGUCAGUAAAAUAGUUUGACUCUUUACAAGCUGCUUCGUGUCAAAGGAACGACACUUCCACCUAGCUAUGAGAAAUGCAUUUAUAGUUUUGCUACAACUAACGCUUUCUUUGAGACAUGCUGUCGGGACUUUGAUCAGUUUCCACUCCUCAUUCAUUCACACAUCUCUACUAACCAGUCUUAGCAGAGGUGGACAAGCAGUUCAGAUGCUUCGAUUAUGGAGAGUGACUUUUCCAAACUGCCUCGCUCUGCUCAGAUGGCGUUUGAGGCUGGUUCUGAUGCAAGUAUACAGUAAAUGUUUUUUUUUUUUCCUUUUAUUCUGUUUGAUUUAAGUUCUGAGAAGAAGAAAAGUAGUGGCAAUAAUACGGCCUUAGUUGUUCAUAAUCCCUCAUUGCUUCCUGCCUCUUUCCCCUUCUGUAUGUGUUUUAGUCACACUCAUUCUCUCAUACUUCUACAUCGCUGUUACUUAAUUUUCACUUACUCAGGCCCCCACUGUCACUGCCACUAUCUACAGGAUUUCCUGUGAAGUUGCUCAACUCUUUUUGCACCAGUAGAGCUGUAAUUUUAAAUGGAAAUGACGUUCUAACAGAGACGUAGCAUAACUUGCAAGUAAGUUUGGAAAUGUUUACUGGACAAUUUUUUUAAUGAAAUAUCUGCUCAGUAGCGAAACUGUGGUCUCCAACAUCCAGCCAAUCAGGACAACGUAAUCUUGUUAAUCAUGUGGCCUGUAAAGUCAGACAUCUCUUGCACUAGCUUUCAGGCAUUUUAGCCUGAUGAUUAUGCAGCAAGACCAUGAACCAAAGCAUGUAAAUCCUAGUCCUAGAAGUAAAUGAAAGACUGAUCUCCAGUUAUCGGAAGGGUUUGGUUGCAGUUAUUGCUGCUAAAGGUGACACAACCAGAUUUUAAGGUUAACGGGGCAAUUGGUUUUUCACAUGGGUGAUAGGUGUUGGAUCACUUCUUUGUUUCAAUAAAAAAAAACUGGGCUGUAUGUUUACUCAGGUUGCCUUUGUUUUAUGUUGUAUUAUGUAAGCUCUAAAACUGUUUAGUAUGAUAUAUAUAUACACAAAAACAGAAGACUACUUUUUCACAGCACUGUAUCUCAGCACUGGAAUAAAGAAUCGCUUUAUAUUUACAUAUGCCAUAGCUAAUUCCUUCAGCUUGUGGAACUGUGCUCUUUUGAAUUUUAAUGGGCUCUCAAUGAACACAGUAAAAGAUGUGCAGUGAUACUUUUCAUAGCGAAGAUGUUUUAGAGACUCUUCCAAAGCAUCCACCACUUUAUAAUUUCCAGAAGAGUUUACAAAUUCUCUGGAUACAUGCAAAAAGAUGACUAAAUAUAUCAUAUAUUAGCAGGUGGGAAAACAUGUUCCAACACAAGGCAAGGUGAAGAAACAUCUGCUUGUUAAAAUUGCAGAGAUGUUUGUCUAGACAGGGCUAAACAAUGCAACCUCCUUUACAUUGGGUAUUUCCAGCUGUAUUUUUUUAUGUGGUGGAGAAUAGUUGUAAGGGAUGAACUGACCCCAGCAGCCCUUGUAAAAGGAACGUGCCAGAGCAAGCCUUAUAUCACAGAAAACAUGUAGAUUUUGUGUAUUUUGGGCUCUAGAUCUGUGAAACACUAAGCCUCAUAAUGACUCCUGGUUGUGAAAUAACCUGGCUUGCUUUAGGACCAUGGGAAGGUGAAAUCAGGCAUAAAGGAAUAAGUGCACCUGAGCACAGGGAUGUAAACAGGUGCAUCGAUCUGCUUGCUCAAAAUGAGUCAGCACAUGAGAUUCAUUCGCAAUUAUUUUACCACAGAAGAAUAGUUAGUUUUCCAUUUGUUAUACUUUAAGCCACUUUUAUUUCCUCAUGUUCAACCACACCUUGUGUUGCACAGCGUGUUCUGUCAUUCUCCUAGGUGUGGACCUUGACUUUGUCAAGCCACACCUGUGCACACUAACCAAAUCAGCUCAGGAGUGUGCACUUGUGAUCUGUGUGGCUGGCAGUUAUCAGGACAUAAUGCCGUACAGCCCUUGACUCGGUUCUUUUAUCUCGAGGGAAUUUGAGGACACAUCAAAUACAAACACAUAUCCUUGUCUUUUUGACACAUUUUUGGAUCAUGAAGCAAGGCAGAAGUUCAGGACCGUGCACCAUUCUCAACCUGGUCGCUGGAUUUGUUGGGCGUGUUUGCUGUAUCAUGCAUGUAUGUGAAUAAGACAGCGUCAUUUCUCCACCAUAUGUCAUCACUUUAAACAGCUUCAUCGAAGGUGUGGCCUGUUUGAGGUGCCUGACUAAAAGUGAGAGUGGAUGUGAAGAACAGAGAGACAGAGGAGCUGUGAGGUGCCACUUUGCUUAUUUUCAGACAUUUCUCCUCAUCCCGUGGUGCAUUUUAUUCCCCGGUAAUACGUUGGUUUGUACUAAUGCUCGUGACGUUUUAUCAGAGACGCUUCGGCUGCUUUUGCUUUCUGUUUAGCUGAAAGUAUUUGGGUGUUGGUGACUGAACAUGAGAGUGUAAGAGAGAUUCUUUGAAUAUUUUGUCUGAGACAGUAGGAGAAAAGCAGGAGGCUUGUUUGUGUGUGUAGGAAGCCUUGUAGUGAAUUUUCAUAUCAGCACUUUUCUGUACACACACAACUUCUCUGGGGGACUGCACACAGAGAUUAGAGCUCCUAAGAAUGCAGUUAAUCUCUCCAUGUAUAGGCGAUCAUUUCUCUUUGGAAAUCAGGCACAUAUAAGAAAGGAUCAACUUGCCGUCUAAUCAGCUUACACUGCGCAGGAAUUCACUGGCACCUUCAUGCUCAGGCGAGGGGGAAAAACAACCAUCUGACUUAUUCCCGUCCCUACAUUAGGAAAUUUCACAGCAUCUUUAUACCAAAGAGAUCCGUUAGAGCGGCAACAAGACACUUGUUUCGCUGGAGGCUUGAACACAGCUCCAGCGCAGCCUGAUGGGGGCUUGUGGAUAUAUUUUUAACUUCAGGAAAGAGUUGUUUGUGUCAACUGUGGGAUUUUCUCACAGGGAGGAGGACAGCUGGAUUGUGAGAUCUCAGAAGGGAUUUAAAAAUUACCAAGUACCAGUCGGACAAGUUUCGAGAGUUCACAUGUAACAAAGUGUGUACAUCAGUACUGAGUCACUGUGGUCUGUCUGACAUAGCCCACACUUCCCCCUCCUCUUCCUCUGGCUAUCAGUCUCUCACGUCCCUCUCUUCUCCUCUUUCUGAUCGUCUCUGACUGCAAGUGAGCUUACCUGCUGGGGACUGUGGGAUAAAAGCGGGCUCUGUUUAAACGAACCCAGGAAGGCCACCUCAUUUUUGCAGACAGAGGACGAAAAGAAAAAGGCUUGUUUGUGUCUGUUCGUUGGAGGAUAUCACAGCGACACAUGAUCCUCAUACUCAGCUUCAGAAAGCCACUGCCUACCUGGGAAGUUUGAGAGGAGGUGUGUGUGUGAGUGAGUGAGUGAGUGAGUGAGAGAGAGAGAGAGAGACUCUCCGUCCCCUCUCACGCCUUCAGGGGCAGGAUCUGCUACUCGGGGAAGGACAUGUGAGUCGCUCAGCACUGGCGGAGCUGUCAGCGAUUCUCCAUCCUCCCUCUUUUGCGCGCUCUCACUCUUGCGCUCUUCUUUCCUGGCUCAUGCACUGUCGCUUUCAUACGCACGCCGGCAAGAUGAUGGAGGAAGUGUCUAUCACGGUGGCCUACGAUGCCCAUGUUAUCAACCAGAUCUGUGACGAGGACAUCUUUGCCAAUUUGGUGGCAGAUUCCAGACCCAAACCAGCGGUGCCAACUAAGAAGCUAAAGAAGUUUGAGAAGGAGUACCAAGCUUUCCGAGAGAGCCAACUUCAGCAGGAGGACCCUAUAGACAGAUAUCAGAGGGAGAAUCGGCGGUUACAGGAAGCCAGCAUGCGUUUGGAGCAGGAGAACGAUGACCUUGCCCAUGAGCUGGUCACUAGCAAGAUUGCGCUGAGGAACGAUUUAGACCAGGCGGAGGACAAGGCCGACGUGUUGAACAAAGAGCUGCUGAGCACAAAGCAGCGGCUGGUGGAGACAGAGGAGGAGAAAAGGAGGCAGGAGGAAGAGACAGCACAGCUGAAAGAGGUGUUCAGAAGAGAGUUGGAGAAAGCAGAAUCUGAGAUUAAGAAGACCACAGCCAUCAUUACCGAGUAUAAACAGAUUUGCUCUCAGCUGAGCACCAGGCUGGAGAAACAACAGGCCUCCACCAAGGAGGAGCUGGAUAUUGUUAAGAGUAAAGUGAUGGCGUGCGAGCGAUGUCGGGAGGUGUUCAGUAAGGAUGGGCCCCUUCAUGUCCCCGCAGUAACACAGGACAACCGUGACUCGGACCUGGACGAGGAGAAGGAUUCUCUGAAGGCUCAGCUGCGGGAGCUGGAGCUAGAACUGGCUCAGACCAAACUGCAGCUGGUGGAGGCCAAGUGCAGGAUACAGGAGCUGGAGCAUCAGAGGGGAGUGCUGAUGACUGAAGUCCAAGCUGCCAAAAACUCCUGGUUCAGUAAAACACUGGGGUCCCUGAAGACUUCAGCGAGCAGUCAGACGCCUUCCUCACCCAAAGAGGGGCAAUAGGACUCAUAUAGGUCUUAGCCAGCAAGGCAGGAGCAGAUCCAAUGCCUGGCAUGUGCUUGGGAAGGACGAGCUGUCUGAACACUACUAAACAGUGUGUGGUAAUGCAGUAUUCCCUCUCACACUGGGGGAGACAGGUGGACAGGAAGGUAGAACCACCUGAACUGCUGAUCCGUAGACCAGAGUAUUAUUAGUUUAGCUUUUUGUGACCUGUGGCAAGAUUUAAUUUGGUUAUUAAUGCAGAAUGAGUGAAAAGCAGUGUCAUUAUCACUGUUAGACUACUACUACUGGAGCAACCAUUUCCAUUAUAGUCACUGAGUCAAUCAUUGAGUGUUUGAAAAACUUGCCACCCACUGAAACAGCUUUUCCUUCCUCCAGUGAAGUCAAGUGGGCUAAUAGGCUAUUACUACAUUAAAGAAAGAUCUCCAUUUAGCAUUGUUAAGCACAAAUCACCUGAAUUACUUUACUAAUGCAAUCCAAAAACAUUGGUACAAUAUAUUUACAUGAUGGCAAACAACAAAUCGUGUUUUCUUAAACUUAAGAUUGAUGCAAAGAGAGUAAAGGUUUGGGGUUUUUUUCUAUGAAGUCAGGUGUGUUUGUGAGUUCUGGUUUAGGUGACCGCGCCAUUGCACAUUUCUUAGUCGGAGGUCAUAUUUAUCCAGAGUUCUCAGUACACUGUAAGACAGCAGUUAGGAAUAUACCGGAAUAUGCUGGAGCAGUGCAGCAGUUCCGCCUAGUGGCAGUUUUUAGUACUGCAGACAUUGCUGAAUUUAUUUACCUACGUUGACUGUUAUACUUUUAAAGGCGGAAUUCCUAUAUAACAUUACUAAUAAGAGUUUGUCUUAAGAGGCUAUCUACACGUUUUUAAUUGUAGCUUUUUUAUUUGAGAGAGGGAAUACUGCAUCCAGACUAAAAUAUCCCUGUUUUUUAUAUAGUAAUAACUAAUGUAAUUGUUUUGUCAUGUGUAUAACUAAAUGUUUAAUUGUUUUUUAUCUUGUACAGUUCUGAGAGGAGUGAUGUCAUUUUUUCUUUUUCUUUUUUUUUUUUUAAACCAUUUUUGAAUUUAAAAGUAUGUAAAUAUUAACGGCUUAAAGCACAGUGUUCUGCACCGUGUUCUGCACGACUGUAACACAAAAAUGACAUUCCUGCUUUACUGUUCUUAAUCUCCCAGUGGCUGGAGAUGUGAUAACUGAGCUUCUGAGAGCACACAGCUGCAUCACUCACUACAGGCAGAGGUUUGUGAGCUGGAGACUCCUGCCUGUAAAUGCAGUGGUUUGUCCACACUGUAUAAUUUAACGGAAAUUCACCCACGCUUAGGAAAUCAGUGUGUCCCUAUAGCAGGAACCACACAUCCUAAAUGUGCCAAGAAUUCUUCAUAGAUAUUUCCACACAGGCAAUUCUAUAUCCGUUUUUGUCAGGCUUAUUCAUUAUAAAAACAUGUUCUGGGAUAUUGCAGAGGUCUUGCUGAGAACAGUGCAUUCAUUAGUUCAGUUAAACUGUAGAACAAACAGAACAACCUUCAGUGUCGGUGUCUCUAUACCAGGGUUUCUUCACUCAGUCGGCUUCCUAAAACGUCGUAAUUUGUGACCCCUAGAAUUUCUUAAACCGCAUGGAUCUUAACACACACUAACACGAUGUCUUUAUUGUGAAUACACUUUUAAUGUUCAUUUUUACUGUUGUCGAAAUCUGUAUACUUAUCUGCUAUUUUGUAAUUUCCAAAAUUGUGUGCUGCCAAGCAUUAGAUUAAUAUUAACCAAUAUCAAGUGCAGUAUACUCCUUGCAUAGCAUUGGUUGAUUUAAUGGUUUAUAAGGCAUAGGAGACAUUCCUUCUGAGCGUUUUAGAUUUGUCAGUGUGAGCCUUGGGGGGUUGGAGUAUUGUCCCAGUACAACUAUGUGACAAAUAAACCCUGAUUUUUGUUCUGUUAAAGAUUGAA